GGCCAGCGGAAGCUGCCGUACCGGCGUCUCCGUUUCGCAAGGUGGAUAUCGUUCUGGCCUGCUCCUACGUGGAGGAAGAUGGAAGAGGCUUGCGUGCCUUUGGCAGCCGGUUGUCCAAGCAUCCUGCUACCCUCGUGCUGAGGGGUAUCAGCGUCAGAGAUGAUGGGAACUUGGGUGAUGUGACUGAGUACAAAGGCCCCCAGGGAAGUCCUGACCUCUCGUCUCCCAUUGUCUUCGAAGCCUCAGACCAGUUGGUAUCCAUCCCAUAUGCAGAGUCCCUGCUGCACACGGACUGCGAUGGGGAGGAGCUGGACUGUGAGAUCUCCCCGUACAGCUCCAAGCAGGCUGGCAAGGGGGCCAGCUGCACCUCCUGGUUCCUGGUCACCCUGCAGCUCUCCAGCGGGAUCAGUAUCACUCUGAUGCUCAGAGGACCCCACUGCGGCGGCCAGGAGGAGGAGAAGGAGCACGAUGCAACACUGCACCCAAAGCUGAGGAUUCCUAUGAGCAAGGAGGGGACGUUGCUGACCACAGUUGAAUUUCAGUCGUCAUCACGCAACACUUACCUGCGCACACGUCUUCACGGCUCAGUCACCCUUGACUGCCACAUUGCCUUGGCUCCUGGCUCCUCCCUGUCCUCCCUGGAGUGGAGGAGGCAGCACCAAGGCAGUGGCCAUAGCCUUUUCCGGUACCAGGUGGGGAGCACGGUUCCAGCAGCACAGCCAAAAGUCCACGUGGAUGUGGCAAAGCUGCUGAGGAGUGGAGACGCGUCGCUUAACCUGCAAGGAGUGAGCGUGGGAGAUGAAGGGUCAUACAUCUGCUUGGUGUCCACCCUCCUGCACCAGACCCAGCACAUCAUCCACCUGCAUGUGGCCGAGCCUCCAAGAGUUCGUGUCGUUCCAUCAGUGGUGUCACUAGAGGGAGAUGCGACAACUACCCUGACCUGUAACAUUGCUGGUUAUUACCCCCUGGACGUCUCGGUGAGCUGGACACUGAAGACUCUUAAAGACCACACGGAAAUCGCUCUCACAAACCCAAGUUUCUCCAGCCACCGGCAAAGCCAAGAUGGCACCUACAGCAUCACCUCCUACCUCAGCAUCAGCUCAGACACAGCACGGGCACCAGCCACCUACAGCUGCCACGUUUCACACGUGGCUCUGACCAAGCCCAUCUCUGUGAGCGCCCGUCUUAAGGAACAAGAGCAAACGGGAGCCGGAGGACUGGUGGGAGGUUUCAUUGCUACCAUCAUUUUCAUCCUUGUCCUCUUCAUCGUGCUCAGGAGAAGAGCAGCUAAACCAAAGUCUGAGCAACUCCUAAGGGCUUCAGAAUAG